CCGCUGACAACCAUAAAAGUCACGGUGUUGCCAUUGAAUAGCAUGGAAUUACACCUUCUUCAGUGUAUAUGUUUUGUGAUUUUGUUGCUGUUAACGUCACGGGUCACAGAUUAGGCAUUCAAGGAUAUUGAAUUAGAAAAAUUAAAGUACUGCGAGCGUACGUACAGUAUCGGUGCGCAUAUCGCCGGCCAGUUUCGUGUCACGUACUGAACGAACUAAAUUAUACAUUCGAAAAAUGACUUCCAAACAAUUUUCCCUAGAAGAGGUAAAGAAGCAUAGCGACAACAAAAGCACUUGGGUAGUCAUCCACAACAACGUGUUUGAUGUUACUGCAUUCUUGAACGAGCAUCCUGGCGGAGAGGAAGUCCUUCUCGAGCAAGCAGGCAAAGAUGCAAGCGAGGCUUUUGAAGAUGUGGGCCACUCGAGUGACGCUAGGGACUUGAUGACCAAAUACAAAAUCGGCGAACUCAUAGAAGCCGACCGAAGAGAAAUCAAAUCAAAAAAUAUUGAAUGGGGUUCCUCCAGUGAUAGUUCUUCUUCUUCACAAAGUUCAUUGAAAUCUUGGAUUGUCCCUAUCGUCAUCGGAAUCUUAGCCACAAUUCUGUAUCGCUUCUACUUCCAAUCGUAAACCUUCCCAUUUUCAUGGGAGACAGACCUAAACGAAUUUUUUAAGACAUUUAAGGUUAUAGGGACUAAUUAGUUUAUUGUUGACUUGUUAUAUAUUAUACAGGAUGUUAGAAGAUAUAGUGAUGAACAUUUUUAUAUUAGGUGCUAAAAAUGGUUGAUGAAUUAUCGAUUUGACGUAAUAUUCCGUUGUAUCAGAACAAUCGUAAACUGAUUACUCUAUUUAGAUCGUAGAGAUAAAUGUGCAUUCCUGAAUGGAUUCUUUUUAGAGUUUCUUCUGUUUUAACGAAAUGAUUGUUACCUUUUUCAGCCGUUGAACGGUUGAAUCUAAGAAAUCUGCGUUUUAGCUAGGGAACUUAAUUUUUUAAAUAUUUUCUGAACGCAACCACAGCGUGUCUGCGAAAGUGAGAGUGUGGUAGCUACAAUAUUUUAACAUCCUGUAUGGUAUGAGAUAUUUUAAUUAUUUUUUAAGUUCUUUCAACGUUUUUCCCCUUUGUAUCCGUGAUAAUUUUUAAUUUUUUUUGUAUUCGAAAGUUUGAUAUACAUAUUUUUGCACUAUAUCAAAGAUUAAAAUACGACAGUCGUGCAUUUAAUAUUUUUUCAAAUCUAUUAAGGUAUCUUAAUAUGCUAUGGUUAUCAUAUAUUUACUGUAAAUUAGACGUAACAUAAUAAAAUAUUACCUAAUAUUUUAAUAUUGUUUUUUUAUUCAAAAAUCUUUAAUAUACAGGGUGUUCGAAGAAUAGACAGAGAUAUUCCUUGUUAAAAAAUAUGAAAAAAGUUUCUAUAGACAUGGGUCCGGAAAUGCAGAGUUUUCAAGAUACAGGGUGAUAAACUUAUUUUUUUUAUUAGUAUCUUAAAAAAUAUUUACUCCAUUCUGUUGAAAUUUGCUAUUAUUUGUUUUAUUAAGAGGCUAAUUUAACCCAAAAUGGAUUAAAAUUAUUAGGUCCCGGGGGGCACCUUAGCGAAUAUUAUUGGCAAAAAGAUGUACGCCACUGCCUUUUUUGAAACUUUAAUAUUAGUUGUUUGAUUAAGCAUCUAAAAAUACAACUUAUUGGCCUGUUGUAUUUUUUCGUAUCUCACUUCGUUUUCGGGAGGAAAAAAAUAUAAACCGUUUUAUUGCAUGUCACUUGACAAAAUUGGUUUGUUAAUUUUGACAAUAUCAUUAGCUAUGGUGCCCCUCGGGGCGUCACUGGACCUAAUAAUUCUAAUCUAUUUAGGGCUAAAUUAGCUUCUUAAUACAACAAAUAUUAUUGUCAAGUUAAAACAGACUAUUUUUAAGAUAUUGAUAGAAACAUUUUUUUAUCGCUGUGUAUCUUGAAAACUGCAUUUCCGGACCCAUGAUUAUAGAAACUUUUUUCCAUAUUCCUCUAAAAUAUCUCCCUCUAUUUUUUGAACACUCUGUAUACCUCUUCCAUUUUGAAAUACACAAACCUUUGCAGAUAUGAGUGUUAUCAUUCUAUUUAUAAUUUAUAAUGCACUAGAAAGCAUGUAUGGGCUUUGAUAUAAUUUUUGACUGUUCUUCUAAAGGACUAGCGUUAUAUUUAAGACAUGUAUACAUUUUCCUCCAAUCGUUCAUUUUAUUCACUAGUUUUAAAUGCACGGUAUAACCGCGGAGCUUGGACUCAUUUUGACUUUGUUCGGAAGAUCGUUACAAAGCUUUUAACGAGUGAUAGUACACCCCGAUUUGGGCCACAUAUGCCUUAUUACAAAGUCAAAAUAUUUCUGAGUUAGGAGCAAUUUUGUGAAAUCUUGGAAUAAAGCAGUUAUUUUUCUCAUUUAUCUUGAUGGGUAGUUUCUAAUUCAAAGUUAUUGAACGUUUUCGUACACGUUAUAAUAUACAGGGUGUCCGCAAAGUUGGGGUUUUUCUUUACACGACGUGUAGAUCUUGAAAACAUAAGCAAUUUUUCUUAGUACCAUACACACCAAUGUCUUAAGGGAACCGAGAUAAAGGGCUCUG